AUGGAGACACUCACCUCCUCACACAAGUGUAACAGCUGCCUCCAAAAAUCUAAAGCGAUCGCUGAGCUGGAACGCCGUAUUUCCAGCCUCCACUGGAUCCGUAAUGAGGAGUUACUCCUGGACUCGGUGCUGAUGCUGGGUGCAGACCUCCCUGUGAACCCAGCCGAGUUGGACUCGACCAUCCCGGCAGCUGCUGCUCCGCAGGCUCCUCCUGCCCCAGCGGCUGCUGCUGCUGCCUCUGGCUCCCGACCUUCCCCCGCGGAGGCUCCUGCUGAGUCGGCUCGUCCUCAACCCAGGGACCCUUGGCUGUCUCAGGGUGCAAGGCCAAAGCGAGUGCCGGCUCCCGCACUGGACUUCACUCCACACCCGAGGUUCAACAUACGGAGUUCCAACCCAUGGUCCACAGCGGCUGCAAAGAGAAGGACCAGCCUGAAACCCCACUUCGAUCUCCAGCUGUCCUCAAGGUAUGAUGUGCUCAGUGUUGCGGAUUUUCCUCCGCUGCCAGGAAGGCCGGAUCCGGGCCCAGCUGAUGCCGGACGAAGUGCAGUCCCACCUCCGUCUGCAGCUGGGAAAGAGGAGGUGAACGGGGGUACGCACACGGGGCCUUGGCGCAUCCUCGCCCACUGUUCCCCCCGACCAUGGCAAUCUUCGGAGACUCCAUCGUGAGGCACAUCCGUUUUUUUAAUGCAGUAACCCACUGCUUCCCAGGCGCCACUGUCCCAACUCUCCUCCAUAAACUCCUGGAGCUGCUGGGCUCACUCACAUCCUCCAUCACGAGGCUGGUUUUACACCUGGGUCUUAACGACACUUCCUCCUGUCAGUCUGAGGUGACCAAGGACCAUAUUAAGAAACUUUUCAAGGUUCUCACCGACUGCGGGAAGUCUGUUUUUAUCUCGGGGCCCCUCCCCUCCUUCGACCGUGGCAUGGGGCGCUUUAGCAGACUCCUCAGCCCGAACACCUGGCUCCAUUCCGCCUGCCCUUGCGGGUUCUGUUUUAUUGACAAUUUUAACUUAUUUUGGAACCGCUCCCCGUUCUACAGGGCUGACGGUGUCCACCCCUCUCGCCUGGGCAGCAGGGCGCUCGGCGACAACAUCCGCCAUGCUGUCCAGUCCACAAACACACCUACACGCACACCUACACACACACCGACAACAAGGUGA